ACUUCAUUUAUAUAAAUCUGUAUCGUACUUCCACUAAAAUUGUGACUUAUUGAUAAUAAUAAAAAAUAAAUCGUAUCUAUUAGUAUUUCAAAAAAUUAUGGUUUUAUUUAGAAAAAAUGUGCUUAUGCCCACACGUUACAUGUGUUAAUUUAAGUUGUGAUGACGUCAAACGAAGAUAAUGUAACCUUAAAAGUGCAAGAAGUGACGAACAACAAACUUUGUUUUAUUUUAUCAUUACUAUCAGUUUGAAAAUUGUGUUGAUAUGUCACAUUUCGGAGAUUUUAUGGACGGUGUUCCCGUUAAAAUAUCAGAGAAGUUCAAGCGUCCUCAACCAAUCGCGUUACCAUACAGUGUAAACGAAUGUCCUUUACGUGCACAGAACGUUGUCGAUUGUGUAAAUUACUGCUCUACAUUUGAGCGUAAUAUUCUUGCAAAACUUAAAGAACUAAGAAGUGCAAAAGAGACCAAGAAACACGAAAGACGACAUCGUCUUCACCUUCUUGAAGAGGCAAAACAGAAGAAACUCGAUGCUAUUGCUGCAGCUGAGGCUGAGGAGAAGCUUAAGCAACUGAGCAUUUCUGAAGUGUCUUAUCCCAGCACUGAAGAGAUAAGUCCACUCUCAACUGAUGAUAAGCCAGAGCAUUACUGUGAUACCCCAGUUCAAGACAAUAUUGUAACUAAUCAUUCUGAUACAAAUAAAUCAACUAGUGUAGAUAUUAACUUGACAAACUCUACACAGAACUCUCAAUCAAGCAUAUUACAACCUAUCCAAGUUAAGUCCAACUAUCAGCAAUGCAGUUUGCUUGAUGAUCCUGAUCCACUACAAGAAUUGAAAUUUUCUACAAAUAUAACAAAAGCACAGUAUUCACAUAAUGUGGAAACUCUGACAUUUAAAGACUUUGAAAAUGACACAUCUAGUCCAUUCGAUAAUGUUGAACUGAAAACUAUAAAUGACAUGGAAUUAUUAGCUCAAGUUUUACAAAGUCAAAGAGAUUCAAGUGUUAGUUGUCAAAUGCCUAGUUACCCUGAUCAGGUGUAUUCAGGAUAUACCAACUGUGCUACACAGGCCCAACUUGAUGGAGGUACAUACCUUCCAAAUGCUUACCAACAGACAAUACAAGGUCCAAACAUUAUGUAUUCAUCUCCUCAACACUUUCCUGCCUCUAAUGGAUACUAUGUUCAAGCAGACACAAGCUGUGAUAAUACUUUGCCUUUAGACAAUGUUUAUGUGCCCAAUUAUCAAUAUUAUGUUCCUACUCAAACAUAUGCUGAUCAAUAUUAUAAUGCAUCUACAUCAGCAGAUAUCAGCCAAGUUGCAAAUGGUUCAUACAUUCCUCAGCCUUACUAUUAUCAGUAUCAACCAUAUUAUGAUCCAAAAAUGAAUACUGAACAGAAUAAUGUAUCAUCAAUCAGUUCACAGAAUAUAAAAUCUAGAUCAAGAAGUGUGCCAGACAUUGUAAGAGAGUUGAAUGAAGAAUUAGCUACAGCUAAAUUACGUGCUCAUGAAAGAUCUUGUAAUGUUAGCCCAGCACCAGAAACCAUUAUUCCUAGGUCUUCCUCUAUUAGUGAGAAAAGAGAAAGUAGGAAAAGGAAACAAGAGCAGUUACCAAACCCAUUUGAAAAGUUUCCACCUCAGUUGCGAAAUGUUUGUCAAAAAAUUCAUGGGAUGGGCUUCCCACUGGAUCGGGUAGCAAGAGUAUGCAGUUUAGUUGGUGACAAUGAUAAAAAGAUAAUAGAGGGUCUUCUGAUUGUUGGAGAGCUCAUGGAUCUAGGUUUUUCAGAAGGGAGAGUAUCAGCAGCUCUUGCUAAACAUGAAUUUAAUAGAGAUAAGGCAUUAGACGAGUUGGUUUCAUAGCAAUGUAUGCAAGUUCUCUGGUUAAUGAAUUUAAUGAGACUACUGGGCCUUAGAAAUGUUCUAUCAUUGAGGUAUUGUAUGCCAAUAUUAUGUCUUGAUGUUCAGAGGCUUAUUGUUACUUUUGCCCUGGAAGGUUUAAGGCGGUUGCAAAGCUGCUGUGGAAAGAUGAAACGGCUUGAAAUAGUGUCUCAAAGCAGUUGUUUGGAUAUUAGUGUUAAAGAAUAUUUUAUAUCUUUUUAUCUCUUAUGACUUGCCCGAAAUUUGGGAUUUCUAUAUCCACUUUUAUGCUUCCCAGACAAUUUGCUACUAGAAUUUUAGUAGCAAAUUUUCACACAUGAGUUAUUGUUAUAUUUUAAAACAUAUGUUUUAUAUUUAAAUGGUUUGUCCAUCUUCGAGAAACACAAUUUAUUUAAUGUUAUAUUUUUAUGGUUUCAGUGAUAACAUAAUCUUCUUUAGGUCUUAUUAAAUUUGAUCUAUUGCCAUACACUGAAUUUGUAAUUCGUUACGAUAAAAAUAUCAACGGCUAUGCUAUGUAAUAUCUAUUGCAAAAACUAAAUCAUUAAACACACAAAAACAUCAACAUCAUUAAAUUUAUUUUGAAUUAUUUCAACAACAAACAAAAAUUAAAUAGAUUGGCCCAAUUUACAUUUAUACUACUCUCUGGAUUAAUAGCUGUCUAAUCAGUUUUGUCUCAUGAAUUUUUUGCAGUAUUGUGUCUCAAAGCUAAUCUAUAAUUUAUGUGUCCAUAUAAGAUUAGAUUGCAUAAAUUCAUUCCAUCUUAAUGAAGUAAUAUCAUCAGUUUUGUAUGUUUGAUCAGGCAAAUAUUUGAUUUCCACCAAGUUUGACAGAACUUUUAACACAAAUGAAAUCUUUAUAGUUAUAUUCAGUAACAACUAUUAUUAGAAGUAUAAUACCUCUUAACCCCUCUAAUAAUCAAUAGGUCAAAUCCUAAACCAUAAUAUAGUAAAUGGUUCGUUUUAACAUGUUGCAACGAAGUAUAUUAAUAAGACUAUCGAUUUUUUAUGUUGAUGUAAACAAUUGUAUUGUAAUAAAUUGCCUCUUUGUACUUUCUUUCUUUUUAUAUGUAGUAACAUUGGGAUAUUAAACACUACUUGAAUUACAUUUUUACAGUUGUAUAUUUUUUUAAUUCCAGAUUUAGCAUUAUAAGCAUAUUAUGUUAUGUUAAACAUAAUUAUUUUUGUUAUUUUGUAAAUAAUAGUAAUUCAUCUUGUCCAUGGAUUGUUAUUUAAAAUAUUCAAUUUAUUUUACAUUCAUAGGUAGCCAUUAAUUGAAUAUUAUUUAUUACUCAGUAGAAAGUAAGUAUUGAUUGGUAAUUUAUACAGGUUCUUUAAAAAAAAUUAAAUGUGAUAGAAUCAAUUUUAAAUAUUCCGCUUUUAAAUAAAUUUUUUGUUUUUUGUUUUGUAGAUAACCUUAAAUUCCAGAUAAUUUAGACAAACGAUAGGCUAUGACAUUACGUCAGGCUUCGCUUAGGUUAGAAUUAAAAAUACAAUGAUGAAAAAAAGAGGGUUUAGUUAUGAUGAAUUUGCGAGUAUUGAAGAUUCGUUGCACUUACUUAUCGGGGAGGUGCAUUAUAUCAGUCAAUUGACUGAAAAAUUUAGGAAUAAUUUAAUAUCGCACGCACUUGGGUCAAAUGCCUACCUUCAUGAAAAACUUAGCCUAAUGAUGAUAAUAUUCAUUGUUAAUACUCAUGGAACUAAAUAUCAGAAAUAUUUUAUAAUACCUAUAUCCGAGAAUGUUUGCAUUUGUCACCUGCCUUGGUCAUCCUGAGCUAACUUUAGUGAUAUUGUCUAUAAUGCUUGGGCAUAGGGCAAGUGAUUCUAUAGCUUAAAUAUAUAUAUAAAUUAUUGUACAAAUAAAAGAAUUAUUUUCA